AUGGCAACGCUACACUCCCGCGCUCUCGGCCUCAGCCCUGAACGCUCAUCUGCUGCUGCGGAGGAUCCGAGCGGCACGCAUUCGUCUCAUUCGAGAUCUGACCAGGACUUGUGCGAGGCGUUGUGUCUUCUAAAGGGCGACGAAAGGUCAGAGAGCCGCCAUGGAGCCGCUGGGGCGAAGACUCUCGAGGAUGUUUUCUCUCUGGGCGCUGAGAGCGAUCAGUCGCCCGACAUCGGCAAAGACCUCGAGGAGCAAAUUAGCGCUGUUUUGAGAGAGAGCACUACUCUCGUGCCUUUCCCAGCCUCUGCCUCAACAACGGGAAUGGGACUUUCUUCCGCAUCAAAGCCGGUCUUUGUUCACCAAGCCUCGCAUGCGUCCACAGCCGCAACUGCAGUCACCGAUGGCGAGGCUUCGUUGUCGUGGUGCACCGCGCCGGCUUUCACGCGGCAGGCUGCGCUUGCGAGCUUCGGAGGCAGCCUCGAGGUUCUCCCUCACCUCACCAUCACAGUGGCGCUUCUCAUUUCUCUGCAACGAGCUAGGUUCGAGGCGAAACUUCGCGAGCAAGCGCUAAGCCACGAAGCGGAGCUCGCGAAGCAUCAAGAGGACAAAGAGUCUGUGGAGGCCACCAAGAGCUUCUUCAACUCUGUGAGGCGCGAACUCAGAGAUCUUCACAUUAGUGAAGAAGCGUAUACGAGGCUGAAGCAACAACGAGAGGACAAGCUCUCUCUCCACGAAUACGUCGUGAUGAAAGAGUCUCUCGAGGCAGAAAAGAAAGACAACGAGCUGGCGACUCAGGAACUGAAGUGGCGGCUCUCGCGGCUCCAAGCGGAUUUGCAGCGGCAGCACACGCAGCUCGAGAGCCAAGCGCAAAAAGCGAGGGGGUUUGAUGAGGUGCAUGCGCAGAGGAACUUGCUUCAGGAGGAGGCUGCCACUCUGAAGCAGACGAACGCCUCGCAGGCUGAGCAGCUGAAAAUCCUCUCGACUGAAAAACUCGCGUUGAGCCAACAACUCGACUCGCUCGACACAGAGAAACGCCUCUUGGAACAAGACAAAGAACAUUUAGAAAAGAGAGUUGAGACUCUCGAGAGCGAGCUGCGAAAGCAAACAGCCGCUGUGGAGGACCUCACUGCACGCCUAGCGGCGGCGAAGGACAAAAAGCGCUUUCUUGUUCAGAAACUCGAGCUAGAAAAACACGUCAACGACAAAGGACUCAAAACGCAGGCAGACGUGGAGAUUCAAAGAAUUGAGGGAAAGGCGCGCCCGGAGCUGCAAGAAGUCCGCGAACGCCUGACGGAAGUCCACGAGAAAGAGGUGUCGCUGCUCAAGGACCGAGUGGAGGCGGCGAAUCGCAGAGUUGAGCACCUCGAGCAGAGGUGCGAGGCCGCAGAGGCAUCGUAUCAGGAAGCUCUCAUCGAGCACCAGAACGUGCAAUGCCAACUACGAGGCGAAAUCUUGGAAUUGAGCGCCGAAGUGAAAAUGCGCGCGUUUGAGAACGAGCGCCUGAGUCUCACGUGCGCGGACACUGGCCGCACCAAGGCGAAAGUUGCACUCGAAAACGAGAUGAUGCAGAAAAAACUUGACGUCUUGAGAGAGGAGCUGACGGAGCUGCAGAGGCGCAGCGCGGAGGACUCAGCCCGCGACCACGCAGAGCUGGCUCUGCUGCGGGAGAGAGUCGCCUCCUACGAGGGCGUGGAGAGCGAAGUCGACGCGGCGCUCAACUUCCUGACCGCCGACGGCUGCGACGCCGGAGAGCGAGAAGCGCGCGAGGGGAAUCGCGCAGAGGCCGGCGCGCGUGCCUCGCCUGCGUGGCGCCGCCUCCAAGAGAGUCUGCUUCUUGCGCGGAAGCUGCGCGCGAGGAACGCGGAGCUUCGAGAGGCGCAGGGCGAGCUGCGAGAGACGCAGAAGCGUCUGGCGCACCUGGAGCGCGAGGCUUUCAUUCUGCGGCAGGCUGUGGAUUGUCAGCACAAGCCUCAGGCCUGGCUGCAAGGCCGCUUGCGGGAUAAAGAAAUCGAGUUGCUCGCUGCGCGCGAGGCGCUUGCGGAGGCAAAGGAGGCGCUGGCGCACCACCAGAAGCUGCUGGAGCAGAGUCUCGUAGAGAAGGGGCAGCUGACGCGCGAGUUGAAGGACAUCCUCGACAACCGCAGCCUCCUGGUCGCCCUGAAGGACGCGCUUCUCGAAAAGCGGAACCGAAAUCUGCGCAGAGAGGUGCGAGAGGCGCACGACGCGCGAGGCUCGCGCCGCGGGCUCAGCCCAGAGAGAUGCCGCAGCGCGUCGGGCGUGGAGCGCCUCUACGGCGAGCGAGGGAGAAGUGUCCGGGGAAAAAGACGUGCGCUGUCUCCGCUGCUGAGAGCGAGGCGGCAAUUCAGCGGGAAAUCUCACGCGGUACCGACAGCCCUCCUCAGAGAGGCCUUUUUCAGAGGCAAGAUGGCGGACGGACAGGCAGAGUGCCUCCACGGAGCUUUCGGUAGCGAUAGAAUGCGCCUCUCGCGGCGAGACUCCCGCGAAGGCGCGAGAGCCUCGCGCGGAGUCACUAUAUUCAGUCCAUCUGCGGUGCUCAAGGCCGUCAAGCGCGAGAGACAAACGAGUUUGCUGCCCCCGACCGGCAAUCCGCUCCCCAUUAUCAUUGGCGGCAGCGAGGCACCCCAGGGAGACGAGCUGAGUCUCGCGGCGUUCGCGCUGAGACCCUCUAAGGCAGCGAACGGAGCCGAAAAAGUAGAGCAGUUGGGGCGUUCGAGAGAGCGGGGAGCUCACACGACCGUGAUGUCCUCCUCUGACGAAGCGCAAAGGAACGCUUCCGUUUCCUCCGCGAAGGAACGGCGGAAGUCGACAUCGCUCUCUGGCCCUCGAGGCGUACACACACCCGAAGCGGCGAGCAUCUCCUCUCUCGCGCUAGGCAAGCGGAGUGCGUCACGAAAGAGGGAUCCUUCAGUGGAAGGACCAAAACACUUAGGUCACGCCUCACAGGCCUUCUCAGCUGCGUGGAAAACAUAUGGAAGUUCAGAAAGCCUCCCGCAACGAGCCCACAGUCCGCUGAAAAGAUCACAGUCACUUUCAGACAAAGAAAACGCGCGAGUGGGCAUCCGAGUCUCCAGAGAAAACCCGAAAGAAUCGCAGACAUCCUAG